AUGUCGUUCGCCAGAGCCGCUGCGCUGCCCCUGGGCGUCAAGGGGAGAUCUGUUUUUACGGGAAUGUGCACGUUCCUUCGUCAGCGGAUGGGGAGACUGUACGACAGUUUCUACUACUCUCAGAGCAGCACGAAAUACGUCAUGGUUUUCCUCUUCCCCGCCGGCAUCUUCUACACCCGCUUUCGAGCCGACACGAAACUCGGGUACCACGUCUUCAUCAACGAGGAGGGCAUCUAUCCCGACUAUUCGCAAAACUACUUCGACACAAAGUGGACGAACGGCAGGAAGUUCUAUCUCAAGGACGAGACGACUGUCGAGCAACUCAAGGCGCAGAUCUACGGGGAGAAGAACGUCCCUGACAAUGUCAAGGUUGCAUGCAGAGGACGCGUUUUCGAGGACACAGACAACGUAGCCAUGGCCGUCAGGGCAUUCUGCAAACGGGACCCGCGGCUUCUUCUCUUCCACGAUAACUUGUAA